ACUCCGUAGAGGAACCAACUCUCUCAGGCUCACAGUUUCUUCGAAUCAGCUUCCAAGUCCCACCCACUCUCCUAUAAAUUCGUCGUUCACGUACAUAAUCGGAGCGAUUUUUAAUAUUAAUAGUUAUAAUAAUAAUAGAGGUUUAAGUUUUAAGAGGAGGAUGAGUAAGAGAGCGAGAACCAGCGUCGACAAUGCAGUGGUCGAGGUUUGGAAGCGGGAGGUCGGCCAGCUCUCCACCAGAAACUUUGCGAACAGACUAGGCGCCUCUGAGGAUCUUGUGCUCCGACUUGAUAUCUUCAGGAAGCUGGAAAAGCACAGAGGUUGUGUGAACACCAUAAGCUUCAAUACAGAUGGUGACAUUCUGGUUUCGGGCUCUGAUGACAAGCGGGUCAUACUCUGGGAUUGGGAAACUGGGCAUAGUAAGCUUUCAUUUCAGUCAGGUCAUAAUAACAAUGUUUUUCAAGCAAAGAUCAUGCCUUGCACAGAUGGUCGAAGCAUUGUCACCUGCGCCGCGGAUGGGCAGGUGAGACUUGCUCAGAUUCUGGAACGUGGGCACGUGGAAACUACAUUGCUUGCCAGACAUCAGGGAUGGGCUCAUAAGUUGGCUAUUGAGCCUGGGAGCCCAUAUAUAUUCUUUACUUGCGGUGAAGAUGGAUUAGUGCAGCAUUUUGAUCUGAGAACUCGGACUGCCACUGAACUUUUCUCAUGCCAACCAAUUGAUGAAAGAAGGAGAAACAUGUCAGUUAUCCCUCUAAAUGCAAUUGCAAUUGAUCCAAGGAACCCAAAUCACUUUGCAGUUGCAGGGUCUGAUGAGUAUACUCGACUUUUUGAUAUCCGCAAAUAUAAGUGGGAUGGAUCAUCUGAUUUUGGUCAACCCACAAACUACUUUUGCCCUCCACACUUGAUUGGUAAUCAUCAUGUUGGAAUAACAGGCUUGGCCUUCUCAGAACAGAGCGAACUUCUUGUUUCAUACAAUGAUGAGUUCAUCUAUCUUUUUACAAAGGAUAUGGGAUUGGGAGCUAAUCCACUUCCACUCUCUCCAAUGUCUAUGAGCAGUGAUGCAAGUGAAGCAGGAAGUGAUCAUAAAUUGACAGAAUAUCCAUCUGAUGAUAAAGUUACUCCCCAAGUUUACAGGGGGCACAGGAAUUGUGAGACGGUGAAAGGUGUGAACUUCUUUGGGCCUAAGAGUGAGUAUGUAGUGAGUGGAUCAGACUGUGGCCGGAUAUUCAUAUGGAAGAAAAAAGGUGGGGAGCUCAUUCGUGUCAUGGAAGCAGAUAAGAGUAUUGUAAACUGUAUUGAGUGUCAUCCCCAUACCAUGGUGCUUGCAAGCAGUGGAAUUGACUAUGACAUCAAGAUAUGGACUCCAAAGGCGCUUGAGAGAGUUACUCUGCCUACAAACAUUGAACAGGUUCUGAUACCUGAUCGAAUUCUUCAUUGGUUUACCCUUGGUGACGUUCAUGACGACAAUGACGACGAUGAUGAAGACGUUGAUUUUUUCUCUGAUGAUGAUGUUUCUGAUGAUGAUGAUGAUUAUAGUAGCAAUGAUGACGAAAAUGACAAUGACGAUGGUGUUGGUGAUACCGAUGACUGUGGUGUUGAUGAUAAUAGUGAUGGUGAUGGCAAUUGCGUUGACGAUGCUGAUGAUAACAAUGGCAAUAACGAUAAUUUUCCUGGUGGCUGUGAUGAAUGAUGAUGAUGAUUUUAACUUACCCUUUUUGUGUCCAGCAGAAACCCAAGGCUAGGUACUGGAUGGAUAGUAUGUUUUCUCCUCAGGACUUGAUGUUGCUUCUACGUCAACUCCAUAGGCAAAGGACUAGCAGUACAAGCCCCGAGCGCAAUGGUGAAAACUCAACUGAUGGUCGGGAACUUUU